UCUGCCCAAAGAGAGAGGCCAUUCGUCUUCGCCGAGCAGGGACGGGCCAAGGCGGAGACGCGCGGAAUUUGGCCUUCGGAAAGGGCCCCCGGACCGGGCUCACGGAGAGAGCCGAGGGACGCCGCAAAGAGCCGAAUAGAGCCGGAGAGACCCGAGUGUGACCGGAGGAGCCUGGGCUAGCCGGAAGCAGAGCCGAGCGCGGCCGGAAGGAGCCGAGCCCAUCCGAAGGCGGCUGAGCGCGGUUGGGCGUUGGGCCCGGCCAAGCCUGCGCCAUGGCGGCCGAAGGGACAGCUGCGGCCGGAGGCGGGGCUGUCGGCGGCCGCCUGGCCAAGGACAGUUUGCGGCAGUCUAAGUGCCCGGACGCGGCCCCGAAUGCGCGGCGCGGCUCGGCGCUGUCGCGUGACGCCGAGCGCCGAGCCUACCAGUGGUGCCGGGAGUACUUGGGCGGGGCCUGGCGCCGAGCGCGGCCCGAGGAGCUGAGGGUGGACCCCGUGAGCGGGGGCCUCAGCAACCUGCUCUUCCGCUGCGCGCUGCCGGACCACCUGCCCAGCGUGGGCGCGGAGCCGCGGGAGGUGCUGCUGCGGCUGUACGGGGCCAUCCUGCAGGGCGUGGACUCCUUGGUCCUCGAAAGCGUGAUGUUCGCCAUCCUUGCAGAGCGGUCGCUGGGGCCCCAGCUCUACGGAGUUUUUCCAGAGGGGCGGCUGGAACAGUACAUCCCAAGCCGGCCACUGAAAACGCGCGAGCUUCGAGAGCCAGUGUUGUCGGCAGCCAUUGCCACGAAGAUGGCCCAGUUCCACGGCAUGGAGAUGCCUUUCACUAAGGAGCCCCGCUGGCUGUUUGGGACCAUGGAGCGGUACCUAAAGCAGAUCCAGGACCUGCCCCCGACUGGUCUCCCCCAGAUGAACCUGCUGGAGAUGUACAGCCUGAAGGAUGAGAUAGGCAACCUCAGGAAGUUGCUAGAUUCUACCCCAUCACCAGUGGUCUUCUGCCAUAACGACAUCCAGGAAGGGAACAUCUUGUUGCUCUCAGAGCCAAAAGAUGCUGACAGCCUCAUGCUGGUCGACUUUGAGUACAGCAGUUAUAACUACAGGGGCUUUGACAUUGGGAACCAUUUUUGUGAGUGGGUUUAUGAUUAUACUCAUGAGGAGUGGCCUUUCUACAAAGCGCAGGCUGCAGACUACCCCACCCGGGGACAGCAGCUCCAUUUUAUUCGCCAUUACCUGGCAGAAGUAAAGAAAGGUGAGACCAUCUCCCGAGAGGAGCAGAGGAAACUGGAAGAAGAUUUGCUGGUAGAGGUCAAUCGGUAUGCUCUGGCAUCCCAUUUCUUUUGGGGUCUCUGGUCCAUCCUCCAGGCGUCUAUGUCCACCAUAGAAUUUGGUUACUUGGAGUAUGCCCAGUCUCGAUUCCAGUUCUAUUUCCAGCAGAAGGGGCAGCUGACCAGCUUCCACCCCUCGUCCUGACUCUCCGACCCCCAAUUCCCUGGAUUUUUCCCCCGCACCUCCAGGGCAGGACCUUGGAGGGAGGGGCAAAGAACAGGAGGCCCUGGGGACUGGGCUGAGCCCCCUGGAGUAAGACUGGGGUUGAGGAGGCUAACCUCUCCCCAGGUUUGAGCAGGUCCUCAUGGCAGGCAAGUGGGCAGGAGCCCCUGGGCUGUGUACCUUAAGACAAUAAACAAGCUUCUUCCUUCACACUC